CCCUUCGCGCAGCUGGUGCGGGAGAUGCAGCUUCACAGAGAAGACUUCGAGAUCAUCAAGGUCAUCGGGAGAGGCGCCUUCGGGGAGGUCGCGGUGGUCAGGAUGAAGGACACGGAGCGCAUCUACGCCAUGAAGAUCCUCAACAAGUGGGAGAUGCUCAAGCGCGCAGAGACGGCUUGCUUCCGGGAGGAGCGCGACGUGCUGGUGAACGGGGACUGCCAGUGGAUCACCACUCUGCACUACGCCUUCCAGGACGAGAACUACCUGUACCUGGUCAUGGACUACUACGUGGGGGGCGACCUACUGACGCUGCUCAGCAAGUUUGAAGACAAGCUCCCAGAAGACAUGGCGAGGUUCUACAUCGGGGAAAUGGUUCUGGCCAUCGACUCCAUCCACCAGCUUCACUAUGUGCACAGAGACAUCAAACCCGACAACGUCCUCCUGGACGUGAACGGUCACAUCCGCCUGGCCGACUUCGGGUCGUGUUUGAAGAUGAGUGGUGACGGAACUGUCCAGUCCUCCGUGGCCGUGGGCACUCCCGACUACAUCUCCCCGGAGAUCCUGCAGGCGAUGGAGGACGGCAUGGGCAAGUACGGCCCCGAGUGCGAUUGGUGGUCGCUGGGCGUCUGCAUGUACGAGAUGCUCUACGGCGAGACCCCCUUCUACGCCGAGUCCCUCGUGGAGACCUACGGGAAGAUCAUGAACCACGAAGAGAGAUUUCAGUUCCCCGCCCACAUCACCGACGUGUCUGAGGAAGCCAAGGACCUCAUCCAGAGGCUCAUCUGUAGCCGAGAGCGCCGGCUGGGCCAGAACGGGAUCGAGGACUUCAAAAAGCACGCGUUCUUCCAAGGCCUGAACUGGGAGAACAUUCGCGACCUCGAGGCACCGUACAUCCCCGACGUGAGCAGCCCCUCCGACACGUCCAACUUCGAUGUGGAUGACGACAUGCUGAGGAAUGCCGAGAUGCUGCCCCCGAGCUCUCACGCGGGCUUCUCUGGGCUGCACCUGCCCUUCAUCGGCUUCACCUUCACUACGGAGAGCUGUUUUUCCGACCGAGGCUCCCUGAAGAGCAUCGCGCAGGCCGGCGCCCUGACCGAGGACGAGGGCGUGCGGCGGGGCCUCGAGGACAGCCUGCGGGCCGAGGCCUACGAGAGGCGGAUCCGGAGGCUGGAGCAGGAGAAGCUGGAGCUGAGCCGGAAGCUGCAAGAGUCCACCCAGACCGUGCAGUCCCUCCACGGCGCCUCUCGGGCCCCGGGCAGCGCCGCCCGGGACGGGGAGAUCAGAAGGCUGACCGAGGAGAUCGAGCACCUGAAGAGUAAGAUAGCAGACGGAGGGGCUGUGGACCUGGAAGCCCAGCUUGAGGCCGCCAUGGCCGAGGCCUCCAGGGAGCGCAAGCUUCGUGAGCACAGCGAGAACUUCUCCAAGCAAAUGGAAAGUGAGCUUGAGGCCCUCAAGGUGAAGCAAGGAGGCCGUGGGCCAGGCUCUGCCUUAGAACAUCAGCAGGAGAUUUCCAAAAUAAAGUCUGAGCUGGAGAAGAAAGUCCUGUUUUAUGAAGAAGAGCUGGUGCGGCGCGAGGCCUCCCACGCCCUGGAGGUGAGAAGCGUGAGGAAGGAGGCGCAGGACUCCGAGAGCCACCAGCUGGGCCUGCAGAGGGAGGUCCUGAUGCUGACCGACAAGCUGGAGAAGUGCCGGCGGGAGCGGCACAGCGAGAUGGAGGAGGCCGUGGGCGCGGUGAGGGACAAGUACGAGCGAGAGCGGGCGAUGCUGUCCGAGGACAACAAGAAGCUGACCGCUGAGAACGAAAGGCUCUGCUCCUCUGUGGAUGAGCUCACGGCCCAGAACAGGCGGCUGGAGGACGAGCUGCAGGACCUGGCCGCCAAGAGGGAGUCGGUGGCGCACUGGGAGGCCCAGAUCGCCGAGAUCAUCCAGUGGGUCAGUGACGAGAAGGACGCCCGGGGCUACCUCCAGGCUCUCGCUUCCAAGAUGACCGAAGAGCUCGAGACUCUGCGGAGCUGCAGCCUGGGCUCCCGGACGCUGGACCCCCUUUGGAAGGUUCGCCGGAGCCAGAAGCUGGACAUGUCCGCCCGGCUGGAGCUGCAGUCUGCGCUCGAGGCCGAGAUCCGGGCCAAGCAGGUGGUUCAGGAGGAGCUGAGGAAAGUCAAAGACGCCAACCUCUCCUUUGAAAGUAAACUAAAGGAUUCUGAAGCCAAAAAUAGAGAAUUAUUAGAAGAAAUGGAAAUUUUGAAGAAAAAGAUGGAAGAAAAAUUUAGAACAGAUACAGGACUCAAGCUGUCAGACUUCCAGGACUCCAUUUUUGAGUAUUUCAACUCUGCACCUCUUGCACAUGACCUGCCUUUCAGGACCAGCGCAGCCAGCGAGCAGGACACACAAGCCCCAAAGCCAGAGGUGUCCCCAGUUGCGGCUGCAAGCACAGGACUGCAGGAGGACGUGCCCCGGGCCCACCAGAGGCCGUCUGCCGGGUCGCAGCCCACACAGGCGCUCGCCCUGGCUGGACCGAAGGUAACUGCCCGGCGAGCCCCGCGGCCUGCUCUGGGGGGGCCGCUGCUGACGCCGCCUCGCUUUCCAGUGUGCUCCUUCGCCUGCCACACCGCCUGCCGAGACAGCGCCCCCCAGGUGUGCCCCAUCCCCCCCGAGCAGGCCAAGCGGCCUCUGGGUGUGGACGUGCAGCGAGGUGUAGGCACCGCCUACAAGGGCUACGUCAAGGUCCCGAAGCCCACCGGGGUGAAGAAGGGGUGGCAGCGGGCACACGCGGUGGUCUGCGACUGCAGGCUCCUCCUGUACGACCUGCCGGAGGGGAAGGCCACGCAGCCCGGCGUGGUCGCCAGCCAGGUCCUGGACCUCAGAGACGAAGCCUUCUCCGUGAGCUCCGUUCUGUCCUCAGACGUCAUACAUGCCACACACCGAGACAUUCCGUGCAUAUUCAAGGUGACAGCCUCUCUCUUCGGUAGCCCGUCUAAGACCAGCUCGCUGCUCAUUCUGACGGAGAACGAGCACGAGAAGAGGAAGUGGGUGGGGAUCCUGGACGGGCUGCGGUCCAUCCUGCACAGGAACCGGCUGCGCGGCCAGGCGGUUCACCUGCCCCAGGAGGCCUACGACAGCUCGCUGCCCCUGCUGAAGACCGUGGUCGCCGCCGCUGUUGUGGAUGGGGACAGGAUCGCGGUGGGCUUGGAGGAAGGGCUGUACGUCAUCGAGCUGACCCAUGACGUGAUCAUCCGCGCUGCCGACUACAAGAAGGUGUCCCAGAUCGAGCUGGCGCCCAAGGAGAAAGUCGCCGUCCUGCGCUGCGGCCGCAACCACCACGUCCACCUCUGUCCGUGGUCGUGCUUUGAUGGGACAGAGAGCAACGUCGACAUCAAGCUCCCGGAGACCAAGGGCUGCCAGCUCAUAGCCACCGCCACCCUGCAGAAGAGCCCGGCCACCUGCCUCUUCGUGGCCGUCAAGCGGCUGGUCCUGUGCUACGAGCUCCAGAGGACUCGGCCUUUCCACAGGAAGUUCGGCGAGCUCGUGGCCCCCGGCACCGUGCAGUGGAUGGCUGCCGUGCAGGACAGGCUCUGCGUCGGCUACCCCUCUGGGUUCUCGCUGCUGAGCCCCCAGGGCGACGGGCAGGCCCUGCACCUGGUGAACCCCGCCGACCCCUCACUCGCCUUCCUCACGCAGCAGCCCUUGGACGCCCUCUGCGCCGUGCCGCUCCCGAGCGACGAGUUCCUGCUCUGCUUCAGCCACGUGGGACUGUACGUGGACCCGCAGGGCCGGAGGGCGCGCGUGCAGGAGCUCAUGUGGCCUGCGGCGCCCGUCGCCUGCAGCUGCAGCGCCACGCACGUCACGGUGUACAGCGACUACGGCGUGGACGUGUUCGCCGCGGACACCGCCGAGUGGGUGCAGACCAUCGGCCUGCGCAAGAUCCGCCCCCUCAACCUGGACGGCACCCUCAACCUCCUCGGCUGGGAGCCCCCGCGCCUGAUCUACUUCCGGAGCGCGCGCUCCGGAGCUGCGGCGCUCAACGUGCCCAACACCUCGGACAACAGCAAGAAGCAGAUGCUGCGGACGCGGAGCAAAAGGCGCUUUGUCUUCAAGGUGCCGGAGGAGGAGCGGCUGCAGCAGCGGCGGGAGAUGCUUAGAGACCCGGAACUGAGAUCCAGGAUGAUUUCUAACCCCACCAACUUCAACCACGUGGCCCACAUGGGCCCGGGCGAUGGGAUGCAGGUGCUCAUGGACCUGCCGCUGAGCACCGCGCCCCCUGCCCAGGAGGAGAGGCCUGGCCCUGCUCCCGCCGGCCUGCCCCGCCAGCCUCCGUCCAGGAGCAAACCCUACAUCUCCUGGCCCUCUGCAGGAGGGUCAGAGCCUGGCGUGGCCAUGCCUCUGAGAAGCAUGUCGGACCCCGACCAGGAUCUGGACAAAGAGCCUGACUCUGACUCCACCAAACACUCGACCCCGUCUAACAGCUCCAACCCCAGCGGCCCGCCCAGCCCCAACUCCCCGCACCGGAGCCAGCCGCCCCCGGAAGGCCUGGAGCCGCCGGCCUCUGACGCCUGAGGCCGCCGCCGGGCCGGGAGCACGGCCACCGCAGUGCCGGGACCGAGCUCUGCAGCGUGGUCCGGGGAAUCGGAGGGUCCGUCGUAGAGCCGGAGACAGACACAGCUUUUAUUAUAUAGUGGUGGGUUUGGGCCGCAUCCGUGGUUUGCACAGGGAGGCCUGGCCGGGCUGCGCUCAGGGAGUGGACAGCUGGGCGCCAGCCUCGCACCCAGAGGGCAGUGGGGCGUCGAGGGUCAUCCCCAGGGUCGCCACAGUUUUGUAGACAGGGAAACGAGGUCACUGUAGCCUCCUGUCCACACAGCCACCCUCGUAGCUGCAGGUGGCCUGCCAGACGCGGCCGGUGUGCACGCUGCCAUGACCUCAGCGGUGCCACACUGGCUUCCACAUCCUCCCUCCCAGCGUCCAGUGCAGCUGGAACAGGCCUGCUGGGCUGGCGGGGCCAGAACCCCAGGUGCCACACCCCGCCUCCCCUGCAUGGGGCCUCACUGGGCCCUGACACCCUACACUCGGCCCGUCUCGCUGAAAGCUUGUGGGUGACAGGCUGGCGGACAGAGCGUGUCCUUGGCCAGGGCAGCCGCCCUGGGCGCACUGCUGAGGAUGGGCACUGGGCCGCCCCGGGCCUGCCGGGGCCUUGGGGUUCACGUUUUACUGUAAGUCUGAGUCUGUAAUUAUUGAGUUGUGCGGACAUGUGGACGACCUCCCUGUCAGUGAAGCAGAUAAAGCAGAAGACGGUAGCAUGA